CAUGCAGAAAAACUAUUAGAAAGUACAAAAAACCCAAAUGGGAAAUGCUUAACGGCAGCUACUACUUUGGGAUUCAAGAAACUAGCAGGAAACGGGUUGAAGAACAAUGGGAUGAUUUUCAGUGGGUACCCAGUAGUGGGUUUCCAGGGCAAAAUGCAAACUUCAGGUUCAUGCUUAUACUCAACAAGAAUCGACACCUCCUGUGCUUGGGAUCCAAGAAUCAAAGGUUUUUUCUUCUACGAGAGCACCGCAAUCUUCCCUGCAUCCAAAUUUGGAGACUUCGUCCGUGACGUGAGAAAACUUCGCGAUCUCAACCCACAAAAUUUCUGUGGUGUGGACAACUAUAACGGCUUGCUCAUUCGUUUCAUCAAAGCCUCAAGUGCAUACCUAGGACAACCCGAAGACUCUGUGGUCGUUGAUUUCAACUACUAUCGUGCCAACGACCCAUCAGAUCCUAGACUCAACCAAGAUGUGUGGGAGGAAGUGGAGCAAUUAGCGUUCUUCAAGCAUGGGGCUAAGCCACAUUGGGCCAAGAACAGGAACAUAGCAUUCUUGGGAGUGCAACAAAAGUAUCCCAGGUUUAACAUGUUUGUUGCAGCAAAACAAAAAAUGGACCCUCAAAAUGUGUUCUCUAGUAAAUGGUCGGAUGACAUACUUUAUGGCAAG